ACGGCCCUGUGACCGAUGUGGAACCUAGUCUGUUCUAUUCGGUUGCCAAAAGAAGCAAUAUCGAACGUCCUACAAAAUGCGCGCCAUCUUUGCCCUGCUCGUCCUCGCGGUCUUCGCUUUCUUGGGAGCUUCGGCCCAAACAGAGUGCGGUGAAAACGAAACCUUCCAGCGUUGCGGUACUGGUUGCGAGCGCACGUGCAACAACGGAGAAGACUGGGACAAACCAUGCUCAGAACCCUGUGUUGACAAGUGCUUCUGCCAGGAUGGAUUCUUGCGCGACGAUACCGGCAGCUGUGUCCGUGCCUGGCGUUGCAGCCCUACGCUGUAAAGCGGGAGGUGUUCGCGUUUAACAUGAUUUCUAAUUUUGCCUCCGUUACGGUGACCAUGAGGCAGUUUGCCUGCUGCCACCUUAUACUGCAAACAGUCCAUCAUUUUGGUUUUUACUUUGGUAGGCGAAAUAAAACUUAAUUACGAACCGCAUGCACAUACAAACAGA